AAUCGGGGUCGACCAGCAGAAAAUCCAGAACAGCAUCUUUCAUCUUCAAGAUCAUACCCUCUCCACCCUCACCCCCCCAUAUCGCCGUUCGCUGCGACUGCAACCAUGGCGCCCAGUUUUGACACCCUGUCUGAGCAGGAUCUCCACGAAGAGGAGGAGGAGGAGGUUGACUUCUCCGAUCUCAAGGAGCAAUAUGAAGUGAAGCUUGAGGAGGGUUUGGACACAUUUGUUGUGAUCGAUGGACUUCCGGUCGUCCCCGAGGAGAGCCGGCAAAAGCUCAUCAAGUUCUUGUUGAGGAAGCUCAACACGGUCGGCCACACCUCGGAGGAUGCCGUCUUCAUGCCCAUCAACGACAAGAACAUGUCCGAAGGUUUCGCCUUCGUUGAGUACGAGACCCCCGAACAGGCCGUCGCUGCCGUCAAGCAACUGCACGGUGUACCCCUCGAUAAGAAGCACACUCUCGCCGUCAACAAGUUGAUGGAUAUCGAUCGUUAUGGCCGGGAAGGACGCAUCGACGAGGAAUACAAGCCCCCCACCAUCGAACCCUUCAAGGAGAAGGAGCACCUCCGCUCAUGGCUGGGCGACGCCAACGCCCGUGACCAGUUCGCCCUUUACCGUGGCGACAAGGUCGGUGUGUUCUGGAACAACAAGAGCAACCCCCCGGAGAACGUCGUCGACCGCGCGCACUGGACUCAGCUUUUCGUCCAGUGGUCCCCCAAGGGUACCUACCUCGCCUCCGUCCACCCCCAGGGUGUCCAGCUCUGGGGUGGUCCCGCCUUCUCGAAGCAGAAGCAGUUCCCCCAUCCUUUCGUUCAGCUGGUCGAAUUCUCGCCCGGUGAGAGCUACCUGACCACCUGGUCUGCCCGCCCCAUCCAGGUGGAGGAGGGCCACCCCGUCCUGACCUACGAGGAAGACGGAAAGAACAUCAUCAUCUGGGAUAUCGUCACUGGCAAGCCUCUUCGUUCCUUCGUCUCUCACGAUCUGACUGCCGGCCCUAGUGCUGAGGGCGAGCCCAAGAAGAAGGUCCAGUGGCCCGCUUUCAAGUGGUCCGCUGACGAGAAGUACGUCGCGAGAAUGCUGCAGCACCAGUCGAUCUCGAUCUACGAGCUCCCCCGGAUGAACUUGCUGGGCAAGACUUCCGUCAAGAUUGAUGGUGUUAUGGACUUCGAGUGGUCCCCCGCCACCGUUGUCCGCGAGGGUGUCAAGCAGUACGAACAGCUGCUCUGCUUCUGGACUCCCGAAAUCGGCAGCAACCCGGCCCGUGUCGCCUUGAUGAGCGUUCCCUCGAAGGAGAUCGUCCGUACGCGUAACCUCUUCAACGUGUCGGAUGUCAAGCUGCACUGGCAGUCGCAAGGUACCUACGUCUGUGUCAAGGUUGACCGUCACUCCAAGUCCAAGAAGUCCAUGGCCACCAACCUGGAGAUUUUCCGUGUGCGCGAGAAGGGUGUCCCCGUCGAAGUCGUCGACAGUCUCAAGGAUACCGUCAUCAACUUUGCUUGGGAGCCCAACGGAGGACGUUUCGUCGCCAUCACCACCGGCGAGGCCCCCAGCGGCACCGCCGUUCUCCCCAAGACCUCCGUCUCUUUCUUCGCCCCCGAAAAGAAGGGUGUCUCGGCCGGCAACUUCAAGGUUGUCCGCACCAUUGAGAAGAAGACCAGCAACGCCAUCUACUGGUCUCCCAAGGGACGUUUCGUCGUCGUCGCUACCGUUCACUCCCAGACCAACUUCGAUAUUGACUUCUGGGAUAUGGACUUUGAGGGUGAGAAGCCCGAGGGUGAGAAGGAUCUGGCCGCCAACCUGCAAUUAAUGAAGACCGUUGAGCACUACGGUGUUACGGAUAUUGACUGGGAUCCUACGGGUCGCUACGUUGUCAGCAGUGCUAGCGUGUGGACCCACUCGAUGGAAAACGGCUACAACAUUCACACCUUCGCCGGUCAGACCCUCGCCGAACACCCCACCGACAAGUUCAAGCAGUUCAUCUGGCGCCCUCGUCCCCCCACUCUUCUCAGCAAGGAGGAGCAGAAGCAAGUGCGCAAGAACCUCCGCGAGUACUCGAAGGAGUUCGAGGAGGAGGACAAGUACGCUGUCGACAUUGCCAACACAGCCGUUGUGGAGACGCGCAAGCGCGUGCUCAACGAGUGGACUGCCUGGAUCCGGAGGGAGAAGGAGAUGCUUGCGGAGGAGAAGGACGCCUACGGUGUGCCGGAAGACGUCGACUCUUCCAAGCAGGCCAAGGAUGCCCCUGCUGUGUCGGAGGACCAAGGCGAGACAGUGGUGGAGGAGAUUGUGGAAGAGAUCAUCGAGGAGAACGAGGAAGUCAUUGGUUGAUUGGGAAGCCAGCUUCGUAUCUAAUGUGUUCUAUUCCAUCCAUUUCCUUUUCUUUUUCAUUUCUUUUUAUCCUUAUCUCGCAUCUUGUCUGUCGAUAUCCUCGCCCUUUUUUCUUUACCUAUCCUCUCUGAAGUCCUCACACUUCAUCCUCUCUUCUUCCCUGUGAGACUUCAUCUGUGAUCCAUUUGGAUUGGUUCCAGCGCGCGCGUGGGGGCGCCUGUGUCUGGAGCAUUUCAAAAAAAGUGAAUAGAAUCUGUGUUUGCAUAUUUCUUUCCCGAGCGUGAGGGGAAAACUUUGAUGUGCAUGAUGUUGGUAGCAAUGAGAGAUGACAGACAAUGAUGACUACUGCAAUCAUUCAAGUUCAGUUUAUACCACUUCAUACUAUCUCAACCAAU